UACUAUUACUAUUUCCCCUUGCUCUAUUUUCCUGAUCAUGGCUUCCCUUGCAAAGCACAUUACUUUUUUCUUCCUUCUAGUGCUAUCCUCCUCUGUCCAGAUUCGAGCUAGGGAAAGCAUGUUCUUUAGCAAGAUCUUCCACCUUGGGGGCAAAAUUUCUCCUCAAGAGGUACCUACACCAUCUCCAGCACCAGCGCCGGCUAACUCUGAGGGCCAAUUAGAUCCUUAUCAUGGCCUUUAUGGUCAGGGCUCUGGCAUGUUCCCUCCUGUAAAGAAGACUGUCAGCACUAGCAACACUCCUACCACUUUCGAAAAUGAUCUUUUGGCUGAAGAACUUGCUGAUGAAAAAUAUGAGACGGGCUAUGAGAACAACAAAUACAACAAUAAUGGCUACACCCUCAGCAACUACAACAGCAAUGGCGACACAAGCAGCAACUACAACAACAAUGGCUACACCCUCAGCAACUACAACAACAAUGGUUAUGAGACAGAGAGACAAGGAAUGAGUGAUACCAGAUUUGUGGAGGGUGGUAAGUACUAUUAUGAUGUGAAGAAUGGGAACUAUUAUCCUAAUGGAUACGAGUCGUCAGGUAAGGAAACUACUAAAAAUGAAGGUUACUACGGAAAUACAGAGAACUCCAAUGAGGUCAACCCCAUGGAAGAGUACCAGGAGAGCCAAGAAGAGUAUGUGCCAUAGAUAUUGGCCAUGACUCAUGAAUGAAAAAAGGGAAAAGAGUUUUGGAUAGUGGAUGUAUGUUUAAGAUCUGGAAGACUAAGUUAUGGAGUCUUUUAUUCAUGUUUUUAUUUUCUAUUCUCACUUGUGUUUGCACAAUUUUUAUGCUUUGCAAAUCAGAAAGGAUUGAAAACAAUACAGUUUUAACACAUUGGACUUGAUUGUUGAUUAUCUUCCUCUAAGGGCUAAGUGUUAUGUUGUCCUGAUUCAAAUCAACAGA